CUUACUUGUAUAUCAAUGGUUUUGAGAACUAUUGGCAUUGAAACUGUUGACACAUUGGCUGACCUGUGCUGUACAAACAGCAUAUGGACAAUUGAUCUAGCUUACCUAUUACAAAAGUUCUCUGUUAAGUUUUCCUACUACACUGUGACAUUAGGUGCAAAUCCAAAUUACUCAGAUGAAACAUUUUACAAGUACCAGUUACCCACAGAUGUAGUUCGAGUGAAUAAACUCUUUCGUGAGGUUAUAAAAGCAGGAAUUUCUAUAUGGUGCAGAUCAAUUAGUGAAGAACAAAUUUCUUUGUUAAUUUUGUCUGGAAAAUAUGUUGCAAUUGCAUUGGUUGAUCAACAUAAAUUAAGUAGAUCGUGGGUAGAGGAUGUUUGUGCUUCUGGCUUAGGGGAUAGUGGGCCUGGCUAUACAGGUCACUACAUUGUGAUAUGCGAGUAUGAUACAGACGAAGAUGAGUUCAAGAUAAGAGAUCAUGCCAGUUCUAGGAAGCAAGAUAAAGUUACAUCAAGAUGCUUAAGUGAAGCCCGCAAAUCAUUUGGCACAGAUGAGGAUAUUCUUUUGAUAUCCUUGGAAUAGAGCAAGAAGUGCAAUAGCACUCCUGGAAAACUUCAUUCUAGCAGUCCUUGUAGUUGGAGUAUAAGGGGUGUGAUCAGGUGCACCCGCUAUGCUAAACCCGAUUGUUGAUAAUGAGUAUUACAGUGGAAUUACAUGUACAGCAAUAACUCUGGAGUUCAUGUGUACAUUACAUUCAUU